AGAAAGAUCUCUUACUCUUCCUCUGUCUUCUCCUUGGUCCAGGCCCGCCCCAGCUUGCUGACUGGCGCUGGCUUCUGCACAGAGAACCCUUCGAACCCAAACCCUAUCUUCCUUCCUCUCUGGGACAUGGCCGUCGGCUUCUCUCCUCUCUCUGCUGCUGCCUUGUGUUACUGCGCACUAAAUAGAAUAAAGCGCUGCAACUUUGGAUCGUGGAGUGCAAAGGUUGCACGUGAGGGAUUUCCACAGUUUCAGUUGAAAGGCUCUGAAGCCGCGAAGCCGCGAAGCCCUGGAGAAAUGGCGGGAGGCAGGAGGAGCGUGCUGGUGGUAGUGUGUGUGGUUCUUCUGGCAACAGGCGGGGUGUGUGAGGUCCUGGAGUUGACCGACAGCAGCUUCCAGAGCACCGUGAACGAGGCAGAGUUGGCUGCAGUCUUAUUCCACGCUCCAUGGUGUCCUCAUUGCCAUAGCUACCUCUCUGAUGUGUUCUCGCCUGCCGCCACCCUCCUGGGGUCAGAGGACAUCACCAUGGCGACGCUAGACAUCGAUGCAGCCAAAGAGGUGCAAACCAAGUAUGUUAUUCAGCAGGUACCAAGUAUUCGACUCUUCAGAAAAGGUCAAAUGUUUCCCUACGAAGGUCCUAGGCAGCAAGUGGGUGUGGCAGAUCUCGUGAUGUAUUUGAGGGAAGAGAGAGACAAACAGGGGCUGGAGGAAAACCCUGUCAUUACCCUCACCAACGACAAUUUCGAUGACAUCACGACAUCAGAGCUAAUUCUAGUCGAGUUCUACACUGACCUGUGUGUCCCAUGCCAACGUCUGGAGCCAAUAUUUGCUGACGCAGCUCGCCAGCUACAGCGCGAGACUCCGCCCAUCCGACUAGGGCGUGUCCAGAUUCCAGACCAGAUGAAGGUCGCGGAACGGUUCCCGUUGGAGGGGUACCCCCUGCUAAUUUUCUUCAGACGUGGAACUCAGUACAACUACACUGGGCCGAAGGAGACCGCCUCUGGGAUUGUGGAGUACAUGAGGCAACAGGCUGGGCCCAGUUCCAUUCCUCUGGAACAGACUGUGGACGUGAAGAGGUUCAUAAACAGGAGAGCGAUAUCGGUGGUUGGAUAUUUUCAUGAAGACACUGGUAAAUAUACAUUUAAAGUAACAAGAAUUUCUCAAGAGCGAGAAUCAUUGCAAUAAGUACCUCUGAAGGCUCGAUACUGAUGUUAGCAAAGCAGCAUUGAUGAGCGAAUAUGAGUGUAAAAUUUUCAGUUGUUUUUUCGCGAAUUGUGUACAAGUAUCUCGCUAUGGACAGUGUUGUUGGCUUGGUAAGUAUGUGAUUGUGAUUCCUGGCUGCUGUGUCCAGAUUCCGUUCUGUUGAGGGAGUUUCGGGAGUCUGGGAACCUGGUGAGGACAGAGAUGGAGCUAGGCCACACCCACCAGAGAGGCGUGGCAGGAGGGAUGGGUCAGGACCCAGACACCAUUGUCAUCUACCAUCCAGUCCACCUAGUGUCUCCCUGGGAAACCGGUCACUCAGUCAUAUCCUCUCCUCCUUCCAACGCCAGCCAGCUACGACAACUCUAUUUAGAGCACGCCCGUCCACUUGUCGGUCAGAUGACGACAGGUAACCACGACAACCUGUACAGUCACAGACCUCUGCUGGUGGCCUACUAUGACAUUGACUGGAGCAGUGAUGGGUUUAAAGCGACUCAGUACUGGCAUGAUCUGGUGGCAUCGGCAGCUCGUGACUUCAUCACGUCUGGUGUCGUGUUUGCCAUCGCUAAUGAAGAGGAUUUCCUCGAUGAUCUCAGGGGUGUGGGUCUGUCGGACUGGGGAGAGGAUGUGGCUGUGACCCUGUAUGCUCCUGGACCUCUCAAAUAUGCCAUGACAGAGGAGCUCUCUCGGGAGUCCCUCACCUCCUUCAUUCAGGUUGAUCCAACACACACACCACAUACAACUUUGUGUUACUGUAUGUGAGACAUCAAAGUCUUCAAUGUAUGGCAUUAUUGCAUGGAUCAUUAUAGUACGCUGGCAUUGAAGUUGCACUCGCACACAAAGUUGCGUCAUGUACGUUGGCGCUAACAGAUGGGCGUGGUCUAAUUCUGCUGGCCACACCCCCCAGGACUAUCUGGAUGGAGAGUUGGUCCCACACUUUAGCUCGGAGCCAGUCCCAAAACCUGUGAAGGGGGCUCUAAUUAGGAAGGUCGUUGGCUCCAACUACUUGAGUGAAGUUGGGAACACAAAGAAGUGAGUUACGUAAUGUAGCCUCUCUCUUCUUCCUCAUUUCUCUGUCUCUCUGUUAUUUCGCCUUUUUUCGUAGUGUGUUGUGUACAAAGUUCAUGGUAGCAAUGAUCUCCAGGGAUGUGAUGGUGAUGCUCUGCCGACCCUCGCUCCCAGACUGCAGAGAGGCGGCAGAGUUCUACAAGAAGCUGGCCUCUCAGUUCCACGGAGUCAAGAACCUCGUCUUCACGGAGAUGAACGUUGCCCUGAACGACCCUCCAGUUGGAACGGACAUCUCAUCUCUCCCCUCCUUCCUAUUCUCUCCUCGUGGCUCGCACGACAUCGCACCCGUAACCCCACGCCCCAAGGAUGAUGCUGAUCUUGCCUUCUUUCUCAAAUACAAACAAAACAUUAAGCCUCUGAAGUCAAAAAAGAAAGAUGAACUGUAGGUGACUGGUAUUAGCUCUCCCCACAGACUGAAGAUUUUUGUUGGUCUGAAACAUGAAUCACUCAU